AUGGAUGAGAAACUUACAUAUCCUCUUCGGCUUCGACAUUUACCUGCGCACCAGCCUGAUAGUCUGCCUCGUAUUGACAAAAAUGUAUUAGCCGAUAUCUUGGAUGGCAAACUGGAUGAUUUUUCUAAAUUAAUGAUCAUUGAUUGUCGAUUUGAUUAUGAAUACAAAGGCGGACACAUCAUCAACGCGAUCAAUUACGAAGUUUCGGACGGUCCGCUCUUUGCGAACCUCGAGCUACUCUUUGCGAACCUCGAACCAGGCACAACUCUUAUUUUCUACUGCGAACACUCUAUCCUUCGGGCACCGAAUGUCGCAUCCGCUAUCCGCGGUAUAGACCGUGACUCUAACAUCGAAUGUUAUCCCAGCCUCACUUUUCCUGAAAUAUAUAUUUUGGAUGGAGGUUUGCUUCUGGACGACGGAAAGACAGGCCUGCCCAGCUCGUGGACGAACCUCCUAUUACAAGGACGUUACCGUAGCAGCAACGACGGUGGUGCCCUGAAUCCUCCUUUAAAGCAUCUGAAACUGGCCGUACGCUUGGUUGUUAUAUGCUUUCAUAGCAGCUACUGA